AAAGUAGCGUUCAAUGUCUCUAAAAUUGAACGGAAGUUGGUCUGAAAAUUGUAACCCCCUCUUUUCCCAAACCACACAUUACCUCACAUUUAUAAAUACUGUCUUUUUUCCGCAUUCUCCUUAGUCUCUCCAAACCCAUUCGCAUUCUCCUCUUUCUCUCCGAUAUGGAAUUUGCCUCCGAACAUGAUUUCCCCAAUUUUGAAACCAUUCCUCAUACCUUCAGCUCAUGCUUUUUCUCUGCUCAACUAUACCCCACAGACAAAACGAUGGAGGUUUCGCUUUCACCGUUAGAGGGUUUUUCCGGUCACGAUUGGACACAGCAGUUGCCGUAUUCAAGUAAGCAACUUUGUUUGAAUGAGUUCCCAGAUUUGGAAAACCUGGACCUCGAUUUUAGCCUCCCACCGCUGGGUGAAGAUUUGGAGGAGGUGGAGCAGAAGCCCUUGAACAUUAUUGUUGUUCCCGAAGAGGGUCAUUGCGGUCGCGAGAAGGGUUUUGGGGAUGCUUUAUUGGCGAUUGAAAAUGGGUCUGCGAUUUGUGUGAAGAAAGAGGAGGUGCAGAAUAUGGAGCAGAUGGCAGUGCCUAGUGCUAGUAGUGGCAGUAAGAAGAAGAAGCCAUGUGCUUUGGAAUUUGAGGAGAUAAAGAAGCAUUUUGAUGUUCCCAUUAAUGAAGCUGCGAAGCAAAUGAAUGUGGGGUUAACCAUGUUGAAGAGAAGGUGCAGGGAGCUUAACAUCAUGAGGUGGCCCCAUAGGAAACUCAAGAGCUUGCAAUUACUCAUCGAGAAUGUUAAGGAAUUGGGUUUGGCAGACGAGGUUCCCAUGUUGGAGAAGCAUAAAAGGUUGUUGGAAAAAUUACCAGGACUGGAAUUAUGUGCAAAAGCCAAGAAGCUGAGGCAAGCUUGUUUCAAAGCUAAUUACAAGAGGAGAAGGUUUAUGGGUAUGACACUCCAAGCUUGACCUUCAUGGUUAUGCCAGGAAUUCGUGGAUGAACAUGAAAGGAAUAGGAGUAUAUAGAGAUUUGAAACAUUACAUAAAAUAGGAUGUUGGAGGACUCUACUAGGUAACAUAGGUUCAUAUUGUGAAUUAGGAAACUGAUUUGACUUCACAACUCAUGUUGUUCCUGACCUCUUUACCUCAUGUCUUUUAAUACUUACAAUCUUACUUUUGGAACCUAUAUCA